AUGGGUUGUGAGAGUAAAUUAUGGUUGGUAUUUGUGUUGAUGAGUGGUGUAACAAUUGUUGUUGGGGAGCCCCAGGUGCCUUGUCUAUUCAUAUUUGGGGACUCUCUAAGUGACAGUGGAAACAACAACAAGUUAUCCACCGAUUGCAAAGCUAAUUACUUCCCUUAUGGCAUUGAUUUCCCUGAUGGCCCAACUGGAAGAUACACUAAUGGCCUCACUAUUGCUGACUUUAUCACACAACUAUUGGGAUUUGACCAUCUUAUCCCUCCCUAUGCUAAUUAUGGUGGUUACGAUAUCAAGGAGGGUGUCAAUUAUGCAUCCGGCUCUGCGGGAAUUCGCUAUGACACCGGAAAACAUUUGGGUGAUAAUGUGGAGUUGGAGAAGCAGCUACAAAAUCACAAGGUAAUAAUAUCAGAAAUCACUAAGCAAGUUGGAGGAAGAGUUGAGAAUGUGGAAGAAAGACUAAAAAAAUGCUUAUAUUAUGUGAACGUAGGAAGCAACGAUUUCAUAAACAAUUAUUUCCUGCCCCAACAUUACCGUUCUAGUGCAAAGUAUUCCCCUGAAGAAUUCGGUGCGGAACUUGUGAAACAAUAUUCACAGCAUUUAAAGGCAUUGCACCAACUUGGAGCAAGCAAGUUUGUUUUGGUUGGAUUGCACCUUCUAGGCUGCAUUCCACAUGAAAUUAUUACUCAUGGCAAAAACCACUCCCUAUGUGCCACUGAAGUGAAUAACGCAUCACGUAUGUUUAACAACAAGCUUGAAGCAUUGUCUCAGCAACUCAACAAACAAUUCUCUGAUUCCAAUUUCAUCUAUGUCAACACUCCUCUUAUGGCAUCUCAUAUCCCUCAAUUAAACCACCCCCGGGGUAUUUUUAGAUGCUGCGAGGUAGGAUCCAAUGGACAGUGUAAAGAGGAGCAUGAACCAUGUCGGGACAGGAGCCUUCAUGCAUUCUUUGAUGACUUUCAUCCAACUGAAAUUGUCAACCGUUUCUUUGCACGUUAUUCUUAUCACUCUCCUUCUAAAUCCUACACCCUCCCAAUGGAUAUUAGUCAACUUGUUCGAUUGUAA